AUGGCCGUUGUCGCCUCCCCCACUGCCAUGGAGGUGGUAGAGACCCCCAAAGGCAGUACUGACGCUGAGGACGUCGGCCUCGAGUACCUUAUCAAAGAACCCAUACCUUCUGACGAGAACGGUGGGGAGAGCUAUGCUAUCAAAGGCGUUGAUUUCGGCAUUAUGUCCGGCGAGGAAAUCUCUAAAUAUGGCGAAGUUGAAGUGCUGAACCAAGGCUAUUUCGACCCGAUGACCCACAAGCAGCUCGCUCUAGGUUGUCAUGACCCUCGUCUCGGUGCUAUGAAUAGGAUGAGCGACUGUCAAACCUGUGGGAAGAAUUUCAGGGAGUGUCCUGGUCACUUUGGGUCUAUCAAACUGGUCUUACCCGUUUUCCACGUCGGUUACUUUCGCCACGUACAACUUCUCCUAUCUGCCAUUUGCAAGCGUUGUGGUAGAGUGCUGUUGGCGCCCGAGAAGAGGUCGGUGUGGUUGAACAGGACGAGGAAGGCCACUAAGGACGUGCAGCAACAAAAAGGAGUUUUUCGCAAGCUCGUCGACACUUGUAAAAAAGUGCGACAAUGUCCCUACUGCGAUGCCUAUAAUGGUGCUGUCAAGAAGGGUACUCGCGGGUAUAUGACGCUUGUCCAUGAGCUCCCCAAGGACCAGGCUAAGGUAGAGUAUCAACAGCAGUACUCAGAUGCCGUCAGUAACAACCCCGAAAUCGGCAAUCACCUCAGCAAAGUGGCUUAUGAGGACCUCACUCCCCUCCAUCUGCUCCCGUUGCUGGCCAAGAUGCCUCCUUCCGAUCAAGAAAUGCUAAAGUUACCGCCUCAGCCGGAGCGACUCGUUGUCACGCACGUGCCUGUUUCGCCGGUUUGCAUUCGCCCUAGUGUUCAGAUCGGUGAUGCUGGUACUCAAGAAGACGAUUUGUCGGUGCAGACGAGCGAUAUUGUGCUCGUAAAUUUGGAAAUGGCGGAGAAGAACUACAGUCACGGCGAUCCUUACUUCUGCCGAAAUGAUGGUUAUGUCAUCUUUUAUAACUCUGAGCUUAUCGCGGGGAAUUUGGGGAAGAAAAUUCUGGGUGGGUCGAAACCCGGCCUGACGUUCGUGUUGAUCCGCGAUAAUUCCCCUGCGGUGGCGGCGGCCUGCUUGGGCCGCUUGUCGAAGCUCUCGGCACGUUGGUUGGGCACGAGAGGUAUGUCCUUUGGAAUUGACGAUGUUACUGCUAGUCCUGAAAUUGAGGCGUUUAAGAAGGAGCAGGUGGCAGAAAAAUACGCGUAUGUUGAUGAGAAAAUUGAAGAGUACAGGAAAGGAAAGUUGCCGUUGAAGCCUGGGUGCAACGCAGAGCAAACUCUGGAAGCUGUGAUUAACGGCGAACUGGGAAAGAUCAGGAAUGUUGUUGGUGACAGGCUGGAGAAAGUGCUGCCGCGAUUUAACAAGCCGCGAAUUAUGGCACAGUGUGGGUCUAAGGGAAGUCCUAUAAACCUGUCGCAGAUGAUCGUAUGUUUGGGUCAGCAAAAUGUCGGUGGUCAGCGAAUUCAAAAUGGGUUUGUGAACAGGACUUUGCCGCACUUCAAGAAGUUCUCGAAGACGCCUCAGUCCAGGGGUUUUGUGGAAGACAGUUUUUUCUCGGGAUUGAAUCCGUUUGAGUAUUUCUUCCAUACAAUGGGAGGGCGAGAGGGGCUUGUCGAUACGGCGGUGAAAACGGCUGAGACCGGGUAUAUGCAGAGGAAGCUGAUCAAGGCGUUAGAGGAUCUGGGGUUGAAAUAUGAUAUGACGGUGAGAACUAGCGAUGGCACGGUUGUACAGUUCGUGUUUGGAGACGAUGGGCUGAAUCCAGCGAUGAUGGAGGGGAAGAGCAAGCCGUUGAAUUUCGAACAUACGAUGAAUCAUGUGCAACAUGUGGUGGAGAAGCACCAUACUAGAGAGGUUGCUUUGUUGCCUAGCGAGUAUAGGGCGCUGACGAACGAGUUGAUACAGCAGGUGGAUCAGGAGGUCAAGUCCAUAUGUCCGCUGACGUCCCUGGACACUAGCAGGUUUACGGGAGAUCUGACUGAGUUCAUCGGAGGUAUGGCAAGCGAGAUGGAGAGGGAGAGAGUUAAAGUUGGGUUACCAGUGGAUGACAGGGUUCGGGAUGAUCCGAGGGAAAGCACAUUGUGUGAUCUGAGCUGUGCUCUGACGGAGGCUCAGUUGCGGUCCUUUAUGACGACGUGUGCGAGGAAGUAUAGGAGGGCGUUGAUGGAGCCUGGCGAAGCGGUGGGAGCUACAAGUGCGCAGAGUAUCGGCGAACCGGCAACGCAAAUGACGUUGAAGACUUUCCAUUUCGCGGGGGUGGCCAGUAUGAAUGUGACGUUGGGCGUGCCUCGGAUUAAGGAGAUUAUCAAUGCUGCUAAGCACAUAUCCACACCGAUCAUUUCAUGCAAGCUGGAGCAGGAUCGAGUUGAAGCCGCGGCCUUUAUGGUGAAGAGUAAGAUUCAAAGAACGCUCCUUGGGGAUAUCUGCGAGUAUAUUAAACAGGUGUACGAGCCCUCUGGAGUGUACCUCAUAGUGAAGCUUUGUGGUGAGACCCUUCGUCGAAUGCAGUUGGAUUUGACUAUGGACGAGCUGAAGGAAGCUCUUUGUGCCAAAGGAGCUUUACCAGGCGGACUUAAAAUACGACCAGAAUGUAUCGAAUCACGCGGCAAACUGAAGCUGGCCAUUAGACCUGCCGGGGCUGUUGACAGUCGGGGAAGAACUCUACCGCCGAACCCAGAAACGCUGUGGUUUGAAGUGCAAGCUCUGAGGAAUGCCCUUCCUCAAGCUCCAGUGAAAGGUUUGAAGCAAUGCAGUAGAGUAGUGGUGAAUAAAGAGGAGGCGAAGGAUGGGAGCAAGGACACUAUAUACUCCUUGUUGGUGGAAGGCUAUGGACUUCAGGAUGUGAUGGGAAUCGAAGGCGUUGUGGCGGAGAAGUCUGUGAGCAAUCACGUGUUGGAGGUCCAGAGUGUGCUUGGAAUCGAGGCGGCCCGGAAAUCGAUCAUGUCGGAAAUUGAUGUCAUUAUGAAGCAUUUUGGCAUGUCGGUGGAUUACAGGCAUAUACAGAUGCUGGGCGACUGUAUGACAUACCGUGGUGAGACGUUGGGUAUCAACAGAUUUGGUAUUUCUAAGAUGAGUAAUUCUACCAUGAUGCUUGCUUCCUUUGAGAAGACCUCUGACUUCCUAUUCGAAGCUGCAGUAUUCAACAGACCAGAUCCCGUGGUCGGCGUCUCAGAGUCUAUCAUUAUGGGCAAUCCUGUCCAUCUUGGCACGGGGCUGUUCAAGCUGAUGUAUGAUGUGCCCAAGGAGGAGAUGGAGGAAGGUGUGAGUAGAAGGCAACCACUGUUGGCGGCGAGUGGCGAGACGAAGGAACAGAAUAAUGUUGCUGGUCACAAGAGAAAGCGAUUGUGA